AUGUGGGACGAGCGUAUGUCGGUACUGUUGGACACCUAUGCUCGCGGUACCAGCACGGCCGCCGCCGAAACUCUGUGCGCUUCUCACCGGGACGCGGUGCGUUCCGUCGUGACCUUAGCCCGGGACGGCAGGAAAGACGGCGCACCGUGCCCGACAGUCGAAGGCCUGUGGCUGUCCACAAACUUGGAGACGGCGUUCGAUAUGCGGGCCACCAGCAUGCCAGGCAGGCUUGACGUUCGGGCAGUCGGCUACAGACUGGACGGGUGGCGCAGAGUCGCUGUUCGGUGA